CCCACGAAGGUGGCUGCCAUCUCUCCCGCUCGGCAUCAUGGCUGCCCUCAGACCUCUGGUGAAGCCCAAGAUUGUCAAAAAGAGGACCAAGAAGUUCAUCCGCCACCAGUCAGACCUAUAUGUCAAGAUUAAGCAGAACUGGCGGAAACUCAGGGGCAUCAACAACUGGGUGCGGAGGAGAUUCAAGGGCCAGAUCUUGAUGCCCAACAUUGGUUAUGGGAGCAACAAGAAAACAGAGCACAUGCUGCCCAGGGGCUUCCGGAAGUUCCUGGUCCACAACGUCAAGGAGCUGGAAGUACUGCUCAUGUGCAAUAAGUCUUACUGUGCCGAGAUCUCCCACAACGUUUCCUUCAAGAACCGAAAAGCCAUCGUGGAACGAGCAGCCCAGCUGGCCAUCAGAGUCACCAAUCCCAAUGCCAGGCUGCGUAGUGAAGAAAACGAAUAGAUGUCUCACAUACACUUUUUAUUUGUGCUUAAAUAAAC